CUGUUAAAUGCAUAAAUUCCAUUGCCACAUCCUCAAGUCAGAUCCCAAUCAGAUUUCCCUCAUUUGACUAACAGAAAUGGACGCCAUAGACAACGUCUUCGAUCCCCUGAGAGAGUUCGCCAAGGACAGCGUCCGCCUCGUCAAGCGCUGCCACAAGCCCGAUCGCAAAGAGUUCACUAAGGUGGCCUUCCGUACGGCUAUAGGAUUUGUGGUGAUGGGAUUUGUUGGUUUCUUCGUGAAAUUGAUAUUCAUUCCUAUCAAUAAUAUCAUUGUUGGAUCUAGUUAGAUCAGGUCACAUUGAUAGCUGGCGUGGGGACAUGGUCAUUCACUAACUUGAUUACAAUGUCCAGGGAAAAAUUACAAUGUAGUGGAAAGGAAUAUUGUUGGUGUUGAUGUUGAUUUCAUUAUUUGUAUGUCUGAGACUAUGACAACAAGGAUAUCACGUGAUGUUUCUGAUCAUUUUUAGUUGGUAGCCUGAUUGGACCCUUUUCUUCUGCUUCA